AUGGAUUCAAUCGAAACUUCUUAUUAUGUUCCAGCUGUCAAUAUUCAUUAUAACAGUAACGCUCAAACUCCACCUUACAUUUUUUCUAUUUUUCCAACUUUAGACAUUUUUUCAUCGGAUAACACUUAUUAUAACUAUCAUCCAUUUUCUGAAAAUUAUUUUGAGACGAACCCUCUUGCAAAUGUUUUUCUAAACGGUAAUGGAGCACCUCCAAAAGCGACUCCAAAAGCGUCUCCAAAUGCAUCCCAAAAGGCACCCCCCUGUAAAUGGACCGGAAACGACACUGAACUCUUUCUCUCUUUAUUGAAAGAAGAAGGUAAUAAAAAAAUAUUGAAAGAACUAGCAGAUAAACGCGGUGGUAGUCGUUUUAGAAAAAGUUAUCUUUGGAACAAUGUCGCAUCUAAGUUAUCAAAUAAUAGAUUUACUCCCUAUCAAUGCGAGAUAAAAUGGAAAAACAUUAAACAGGUUCGAAAGAAUAAUCCCAAUUGUAGGUAUAAUUUAGUAGUUGAAGAAAUUCUCGGCCUAAUUUAUUUUACUCAAAUUCUAGAUAAUGAUAUUGAUACCUUAAUGAGAUUAAAGACUGUAUAUUUAUCACUUGAUAGUACUGAUGAAGAUAUUGAAACUUAG